AUCUAAAAACCGGGCAAACAGGGAGCGAUAUCCAGAUAUUUAACCCGUUUAAAUUAAUACAAAACACGUUAAAACACAGCAGGAAUGACGGCGCUCAGCAGCUGGGAGUUGUGCGUCAAGUACUCCCUCUUUAUCUUUAAUUUCUUCUUCUGGCUGGCGGGUACAGGAGUGCUGGCUGUGGGUCUUUGGCUGCGUUUUGACUCCAGGACAGCAGGACUGUUUGAAGGAGAGGACUCACCUUCAGUCUUCUUCACCGGUGUGUACAUCCUGAUCGCGGCGGGCGCUCUGAUGAUGGUCGUGGGCUUCCUGGGAUGCUGCGGAGCCAUCAAAGAAUCGCCGUGCAUGCUGGGAUUGUUCUUCUUCUUCCUGCUCAUCAUCUUCGCAGUGGAAGUGGCUGCUGGGAUCUGGGGUCUCUCCAACAAGGACAGGGUGGUGGAGGACAUUACAGAGUUUUAUAAGCAGACCUACAACAACUACAAAGACACCAAACAGGAAGCACUGAAGGAGACCCUCCGCCUCAUCCACUUUGGGCUGGACUGCUGCGGCCCCACGGGGACGGUGAUCGACGCCGCCAAAGAUAUCUGCCCCAAGAAGGAGGGACUGGAGGUCCUCAUCACCAAGAGCUGUCCGGCCGCCAUCGACGAGAUGUUCAACAACAGACUGCACAUCAUUGGCGGGGUCGGCAUCGGUAUCGGUGUCGUCAUGAUCUUUGGGAUGAUCUUCAGCAUGAUGCUCUGCUGUGCCAUUAAGAGGUCCAGAGACUAUGUCUAGAAAAAAAAACAAAAAAAAAACCCUCCAUCUUUAACUUAUGUGUCCUCACUUUUACAACCUCUGCUUUAGAGUUUAUAUCACAUAAUAAUCCACAACAGUCACCCUUUAGUCGGCUGCUUGGAUCCAUACAGGAUGGCCACAUCGACCUGUGACAGUAUGGAACCCGUGCAGAGACUCGUGUUAAAUUGUUUUGGCUGUUUUCCACUCUGUAAGGAGGUUUUAUUUGUACCCAAAGUAAAUUGAACAAAGGGCUGUCAAUAUAAUGAAUUUACAUCCUACUUUUCAUCACAUCAGCACAGAACAGGUCGAUCAUCUGCAGGAAAAAAAAGACAUUUAUGACUCUGCUGCCCUCCGGAGGAGGAACGUCGCUCCUAUUAACUCCCUUCUGUCGGCUCUUCACUGUCGGAUAAAAUCAAUUUAAGUUCAUUUUAUGUAAAAUGUGUUAAAAGUUUUUUUUUGCCCGUGGUGAGUUGUGACUAACAGGCUCUUUGCAGCUAACUUAAUUUUACUGUGCAACUUUUUUUUUCUUUUUUUUAAAUUUUUGUUUCCCUGAAGUUACAUUUUAGAUGCUUUGGAUUUUUUUUUUGUUUUUUUUGUUUUUUUAUAUAUAUAUAAAAGCAGAACUGUGGAGUUUUAUGCAAAUAUUUUGACGAAUGCAGUUCGCAAAUAUAUCUUUAAAAUGCCAAAUAAAUGAACUAAUAAACACUGA